UUUGGGUGCAACAGCGGAAAAAUGGCAUCCGAGACAGGAAGAUAUAGAAGCACCGUUUCUAAAAGCAAAGACCCUUCUAGUUUACUCAUUUCUGUGAUUAGGACAUUGUCCAGCAGCGAUGAUGUGCAGGACAGGGAGACGGAGAAGAGUCGCCUGGAGGAGGCGUAUGAGAAGUGUGACAGUCAGCUGGAUGAGAAGAUCGUGCGGCACUACACCGAGCUGACCACGGCCAUCCGCACCUACCAGAGCAUCACCGAGCGCAUCACCAGCUCUCGCAACAAGAUCAAACAGGUGAAGGAGAACCUCUUGUCGUGCAAGAUGCUGCUGCACUGCAAGCGUGACGAGCUGCGUAAGCUGUGGAUCGAGGGCAUCGAGCACAAGCACGUGCUGGACCUGCUGGACGAGAUCGAGAACAUCAAGCAGGUGCCCCAGAGGCUGGAGGCCUUCAUGGCCAGCAAGCACUACCUCCACGCCACGGACAUGCUGGUGUCUGCGGUGGACUCUCUGGAGGGCCCGCUCCUGCAGGUGGAGGGCCUGAGCGACCUGCGUCUGGAGCUGCACAUGCGCAAGCUCAACAUCCACCUGGUGCUCAUCGACGAGCUGCACCGCCACCUCUACAUCAAGUCCACCAGCCGCGUGGGCCACAAGAACAAGGCCCGCAGCGCCGGUUCUGCUCAGAAGGACUCGUCUGGGCUGGAUGUCAGCACCCUGUCCACCCCACGCAAGCUCACAGACACCUCUCAGUUUGGCACUCCCGGCAGCUCCAGCCUGCGUGACCAGCAGGACGUCCGCGAGGACCUGGACGCGGACCCGGAGGAGAACAGCGCCGAGUUCAUGGGCAUCCUUAUCAAGGCCCUGGCCAAGCUGAAGAAGAUCCCCGAGACCGUCAAGGCCAUCAUGGAGCGCCUGGAGCCCGAGCUGAAGCAGAUCCUCAAGCGCUCCACCACGCAGAUAGCCGACCACGCUUAUCAGCGAGGCGAGACACUCGCACAGGAUAACCAGCCCAGGCUGCUGCUGGAGCUGCUGGAGCUGCUGUUUGACAAGUUCAAUGCGGUGGCGGGGGCCCACAGCGUGGUGCUGGGCCACCUGCAGCACAUCGUGGCGGCCAGCGCCACAGCCGGCUCCCAGGAGGGCAUCAAGCUCUACGAGCAGGCCGACGUCUCCGCCAAGAUCCAGACCGUGCUCCAGGUGCUUCUGAUGGACUACCUGGAUGUGAAGAAUAGCCGCAGUGCUGCCGAGCCCUCCUCCCAGCUCUCCUACACCAGCGCUGCCAGCGACUUUGGAGCCUUCUUUUCCAAGAAGAAACCCAUGAGGCCCAAACAGUCCCUCUUCAAGUUCGAGUCGUCCUCCCAUGCGAUCAGCAUGAGUGCCUACCUACGGGAGCAGAGGAGGGAGCUCUAUAGCAAGAGUGGAGAACUUCAGGGCGGUGCUGAUGAUAAUCUAAUCGAAGGUGGGGAGACCAAGUUCCUCUGCAAGCCAGGAGCCAGAAACAUCACCGUCAUAUUCCAGCCCCUCCUCAGGUUCAUCCAGGAGGUGGAGCAGAGCAUGGGCCCCGGCCAGGCCAAGCAGUGCCAGCUGCGGACCUUCCUCACCUACUACAUCAAUGACCUCUUCCUCAACCAGGUGAGAACGGAGAUCAACAAGGAGAUUGAGACGGUGACCAAGGUGUCCGACCCGCUCAAGAUCCUGGCUAACGCCGACACCAUGAAGCAACUGGGGGUGCAGAGGCCUGUGUUACAGAGCACGGUGAUCGUGGAGAAGUCCAUCCAGGACCUGAUGAGCCUGAUGCAGGACCUGAGUGCCUACUCCAACCAGUUCCUGGAGAUGGUCUGUGACAAGCUCAAGGAGUACAAGGAGAUCUGUAACACGGCCUACAGGGGCAUCAUGCAGGUUGAGGAGAAGCUGACCAUCAGUGCCUCCUGGUCCAAGGAUGAGGACAUCAGUCGGCUGCUGCAGUCCCUCCCCAACUGGACCAGCAUGGCCCAGCCCAGACAGCUGCGGCCCAAGAGGGAGGACGAGGAGGACUUCACCAGGGCUGCCUUUGCCAAGGAGUCGGACGUGCUGACGGGUAACCUUGGCGACAAGCUGAUCCCCCAGAACGAGAUCCUGAGAGACGUGAGCGACCUGAAGGCCCUGGCCAACCUGCAGGAGAGCAUGGAGUGGCUGGCCACCAGACUCAAGGGCUUCUUCGCCACCCUGCCCCCCGCCUCCAACAUUUCCCCGAGCUCCCAGGACACCCAGUCGAGCAGCGAGAGCCUGCGCAGCCGAGAGCAGAUCCUGCAGACGCUGACGGACCUCUCGCGAGGGUUCCAGGAUAUCGCAGACCGCUGCCUUCUAGCCCUCCACGUGGAAGUCAGAGUGCAUUGCUUCCACUACCUCAUUCCGCUGGCCAAGCAGGGGAACUAUGCCAUUGUGGCCAACGUGGAGAGCAUGGACUACGACCCCCUAGUGGUCAAGCUCAACAAGGACAUCAGUGCCAUCGAGGAGGUGAUGGGAGCCAGCCUCCAGCAGCACAAGUUCCAGUACAUCUUCGAGGGCCUUGGCCACCUGAUCUCCUGCAUCCUGAUCAACGGGGCGCAGUACUUCAAGCGCAUCAGCGAGUCGGGCAUCAAAAAGAUGUGCCGCAACAUCUUCGCCCUGCAGCAGAACCUCACCAACAUCACCAUGUCCCGCGAGGCGGACCUCGACUUCGCCAGGCAGUACUACGAGAUGCUGUACAACACGCCGGACGAGCUGCUGCACCUGGUGGUGGACCAGGGCGUGCGCUACACGGAGCUGGAGUACACCAACGCCCUCAGCCUGCUGCACCGCAGCCAGACCGGCGUCGGGGACCUCACCGUGCAGAACGUGCGGCUGCAGAGGCUCAAGGAGCUCAUCUGCGAACAGGCCUCCAUCCGGCAGGCCAGCAAGGACAAGAAGAUCACCACUGUGUAAUGGAGGGGAGGGGGCGAUGAAGGAUAGUGAAGGGGAGGAGGAGGGAAGAGGAGGGGAGUGGAGGGUAAGGGAAGGGGAGAGUGUUUGGAACAAGGGAUGAGAGAGAGAAGUGAGGUUAUCGUCUGAGAACAACCCACAAUGAAAACAGGCCACCAAGGGAAAAAAGGAGAAGAAUAUAAGUACUGUGUGAAGGAGGAUGGGGGAAGAGACGGUCAAGAGAGGGCCUAAGAUCAUCACAGUCUAAGGCCUAAGAGUAUCACUGUCUGUGGCCUAAGAUCAUCACAGUCUAUGACCAACAGUAAGAUCAUCAAAGUCUGUGGUCUAAGAUCAUCACUGUCUGUGGCCUAAGAUCAUCACUGUCUGUGGCCUAAGAUCAUCACAGUCUAAGGCCUAAGAUCAUCACAGCCUCGUCUACUGAGGGAGAGCUAGUUGGUGCCUGGUGGACAAGAGAGGAGGCAAG